AUGGUGUCCAUCCCUGAUGAGAAUAAUGUCACCUUUCAGUUUCUGGGCCGGUCGGGGCUGAAAGUGUCCAAUCUCUGCCUGGGUACUAUGACGUUCGGGGAAUCAAGUUGGGGACUGCCGGGUCAGAGCGACGAGGACCUAUCCCACCAGAUCCUCAAUCGUUACGCGGAGUGGGGAGGUAACUUCCUCGACACAGCUGAUGUCUACGGAUUGGGAAAGUCAGAAACUAUUGUUGGAAAAUGGCUACAAACACAACCGAGGGACAAAUUCGUGAUCGCCACCAAAUGUGGCUUCAACAUGGGCAAGCAGGAGGACAUCAACAACGUAGGACUGAGUCGACGUCGUAUUACUGAAAGUAUCGAUUUAAGUCUUCAGCGACUGCACACAGACUUUGUGGAUCUCUACCAGACUCACAUCUUUGAUGACGGCACCCCUUUGGAAGAGACCCUACGCACCCUAGAUGACCUGGUGCGGGUUGGCAAAAUCCGCUAUAUUGGUCUCAGCAACGUGACGGGUUGGCAAGUACAAAAACUGGUUGACACAACACAGAGGCUUGGACUAAACUCGGUUGUCAGUUUACAGCAACAAUACAACCUGCUUACUCGAGAGUCGGAGUUUGAGGCCUUCCAGGUGUGCAAGAAUGAGGGUCUUGGGUUGCUGCCUUGGAGUCCAUUGAAAUGGGGUAUACUCACUGGAAAGCUGACCCGUGGGGUGACCCCAACAGAAGGUAGAGCAGGUUUCACACCUAAAGCAUUCCCAUUCAUGUCUGACCUCACUGACCGAGCAUUUGACAUCGUGGACACUGUAAAAGAUAUCGCCAAGAAACACGGUCGAAGUGUCCCCCAGGUGGCAAUCCGAUGGUUGCUUCAAAAGGACGUCGUGACUUCAGUGAUCGUUGGAGCAAGAACCUUGCAGCAACUUGACGACAACAUGGCAGCCGCCAACGGGUGGAGCUUGACUAAAGAAGAGAUGCAGCGACUGGAUGACGUGUCUGCCCCUAAGCUGCUCUACCCCUACGACAUGGUGUUCACCACGAAUGAGAACCGUCGUAACCCGACCACCAGCAACUUCUAUGUCAAGUCGACACUUUAA